AUGAAGUGCGACGCAGUGAUCGAGAAAAUUAAGGCCCGCGUUGCCUCGAUUGACCCGAACGGUCCCCGCAAGGUGCUCGGUGUGUUCCAGCUGAACAUUGAGGCUGCCGAUGGUCUGCACGAGAUUGUUGUCGAUCUGAAGGCACUGAAGGUGUCGGACGGCAAGGCUGCAUCGCCUGAUGUGGUGAUCAACCUGAAAGAUGAGGACUUUAUCGCCAUCGGAACGAAGCAGGUCCCGGUUAAGGAUGCCGUCGCCCAGGGCAAGGUCUCGAUGACUGGCGAUCAGACCCUCUUCCAGGCGCUGGUUGAUGCGAUCUAAAUAGAGAGAG